AUGACUAAUUCAAUGGAGUAUUUUAUUACAGUAAAAGUACCAAUAAAUAUUGCUGUUAUAAAAUAUUGGGGAAAGAAAUGUGAAAAAGAAAUGUUACCAAUGAAUGAUUCAAUAUCACUUACAAUUAAUAAUUUAUAUGCAACAACAAAAGUAUGUUUUGGGGGAGAUUCUGAUAUAGUAUUUAUUAAUGGAAAAAAGUAUGAUGUUAAAGUGGGAUCACGUUAUGAAAAAGUUUUUGGGGAGGUUCGUAGAUUAAUGAAAGAGUACGGUAAUAAGUAUAAUAAUCAAAAAAUAAAUGAUUUAUUAAUGAAAAAGUUUCAUAUAAACUCAACAACUAAUUUUCCUGUAGCUGCUGGUUUGGCAUCAUCAGCUGCUGGUUUUGGUGCAAUUGCUUAUAGUAUGGGACAAUUUUUUAACUUUUCUAUUGAUGAUAUUACAUAUCUUGCUAGAAUUGGUAGUGGAAGUGCCACAAGAUCAGUACUUCCUGGUUUAGUAAUUUGGAAAGGAGAUGACAAAGGUGAAUGUAAGACACUUUUUCCAGAAAAUUAUUGGCCUGAGUUACGUGCUAUCAUUGCUAUUGUAGAAGAUAAAGAAAAAGAGAUUAGUAGUAGUGUUGGUAUGAAGAAAACUAUUGAAACAUCAGAAUUAUAUAAAUAUCGUGUAACAAAUUGUGUUAAGAAACAUGUUAAAGAAUUGAUUGAGGCAUAUGAGGAGAAAAAUUUCCACAAAUUUGGUGAAAUUGUUAUGAAAGAUUCAAAUCAAUUUCAUGCAGUUUGCCUAGAUACAACACCACCAUUAAAGUACAUGAAUGAUAUUUCAUGGAAAUUGAUAAAUUUAGCUAAUAUAUUUAAUAAAGACAAAAUCAAGGUUGCAUACACUUUUGAUGCUGGUCCAAAUUGUUGUUAUUAUAUAGAAAAGGAUAAUGUUGAUAAUUUUAUGUUUCUACUUGAGAAAGAAGGAUUUUCAUUGAAUAGUGGUAAUCUUAUUUUAUCUACUGUUGGUGGUGGACCAGAAAUUAUAAGCAAAUAA